AUCAUCAUCAUCAUGUGGAAGCUCAGGGUUUCAGAGGGAAAAGAGGAUCCUUGGGUGAAGAGUGUGAACGAGAACAUAGGGAGACAGUACUGGGAGUUCGACCAUUAUAGCAGCUUGUCACCUCAACACACAGCUCAACUCCAACACCUUCGCUAUCUCUUUCAUGUCAACCGCUUUCACUCCAAACAAAGUUCUGACCUUCUAAUGAGGCUUCAGUUUGCAAGGGAGAAUAAUAAGCCAGUGGAGAACACAAUAACAAAAGGAGUGAAGGUGGAAAGUGGAGAAGAAAUAAGCAGCAAGGAAGAAGUGAAAAUCACGUUGAGAAGAGCCUUGUCAUUCUUUUCAACUUUGCAAACUCAAGAUGGUUUUUGGCCCAGUGAUUGUAGCGGUCCUUUGUUUCUUCUACCAGGACUGGUAAUUGGAUUGAGUGUGACAGGGGCUCUAAAUGCCAUUUUACCCCUUGAGCAUCGACGCGAGAUCUGUCGUUUCAUCUACAAUCAUCAGAAUGAAGAUGGAGGAUGGGGACUACACAUAGAAGGACGAAGCACCAUGCUCAGUAGUGGACUAAGCUACGUGGCUCUGCGAUUGCUCGGAGAAAGCAUGGACGACGGUGGCGAUGAUGGAGCCAUGCACAAAGCCAGAUCAUGGAUACUCCGCCAUGGUGGCCUUACCUACAUUCCUUCAUGGGGCAAAAUGUGGCUCUCGGUCCUUGGAGUAUAUGAAUGGAGUGGCAACAAUCCAAUACCUCCAGAGCUAUGGCUUCUUCCAUACACUUUAAAUCCUAUGCACCCAGGAAGAAUGUGGUGUCACUGUAGAAUGGUGUAUCUGCCAAUGUCAUAUCUAUAUAGGAGAAAAUUUGUGGGUCCUGUUAGCUCCUUGGUUUUGUCUCUUAGGAAAGAGCUUUAUACUCUUCCCUACCAUCAAAUCGACUGGGAUGCCUCUCGUAACCUUUGCCAUAAGGAGGAUUUGUAUUAUCCACAUCCAAAGAUACAGGACAUACUUUGGGAUUGCCUGCAUAAGAUAGGAGAACCUCUUCUCAAGAGUUGGCCUUUGUCGAAGCUAAGGCAGAGGGCUCUUCAUACUGUCAUGCAACAUAUCCACUACGAAGACCAAAACACUAAUUACGUCUGCAUUGGCCCAGUCAACAAGGUACUCAACAUGGUUUGCUGUUGGGUAGAGGAUCCACAUUCUAAUGCAUACAUGUCUCACCUUUCCCGAGUAAAAGAUUACCUUUGGCUGGCUGAAGAUGGUUUGAAAAUGCAGAUAUAUAAUGGGUCUCAACUAUGGGAUUGUGCUUUGGCCGUUCAAGCCAUCGUGGCAACCCGUUUGGAAGACGAAUAUUACAGUUCAAUGCUUAAGAAAGCUCACUACUUCAUCAAAAAAACACAAAUAAGAAAAAACAGUCGGGGUAAUGUAAGUGAGUGGUAUCGCCACAUUACAAAGGGAGGAUGGACCUUCUCAACUCCUGACAAUGGUUGGCCUGUCACUGAUUGUACUGGCGAAGCUUUGAAGGCAGCCGUCUUACUAUCAGAAAUGGCAUCUGAGAUUGUGGGAGAAGCCAUACCAGAAGAUCACCUUAAGGAUACUAUUCAUCUUCUUUUAUCUCUACAAGACAAGAAUAAUGGAGGGUUUGCACCCUAUGAACUCACAAGAUCCUACGCUUGGCUGGAGUUGAUGAAUCCAUCUGAGAUAUUUGAAGACAUCAUGAUCGAACACCAGUACGUGGAGUGCACAGCAUCAGUGAUCAAAGGGCUGAAGUCAUUCACAGAGAAAUACAAGGAGCACAGGAAGAAAGAGAUCGAAGAAUGCAUAGAAAAGGCGGCAGAGUUCAUAGAGAGCAAGCAAGAAAAAGAUGGGUCGUGGUAUGGAUCAUGGGGUGUGUGCUACACCUACGCCACUUGCUUCGCCGUAGAGGGCCUGGUCGCCGCCGGCCGCACCUACCACACCAGUCCUUCCAUUAGAAGAGCUUCUCGUUUCUUGCUCUCCAAGCAACUUCCUUCUUCUGGGGGUUGGGGUGAGAGUUAUCUUUCAUGCACAAACAAGGUGUACACCAAUUUGGAAGGAGAUAAACCACACUUGGUAAACACUGCAUGGGCCAUGUUAGCUCUCAUCGAAGCUGGCCAGGCCGAGAGAGAUCCCACACCCUUGCAUCAGGCUGCAAAAUUGUUGAUUAAUUCACAAAUGGAAAACGGGGAUUUUCCACAACAGGAAAUUAUGGGAGUGACCAAUGGAAGCUUGAUGAUCAGCUAUACUGCGUACAGAAACAUAUUCCCUAUAUGGGCCCUUGGAAACUACUUCACUCGGGUUUUGUUGCCUUCUUCUAACAAUAUAUAAUAUAUUAUCGUAAGCUGAUUUGGUAUAAAUAAUAAAUCAUUGGCAUUUAUUGUCAAUUUUUUCAGUCUAUUUAUUAGUACUAUGUUUGUUUGUUUGUUUAAUUAUGUAAAAACGUUAAAUUUAAGUCAAUAUAGCUAGUAAUGGAUGCAUGUGUGGACGGUAAAAAUUAUAUGUUCAAAGCUAUGUAUUAUGAAUGAAUAAAACCAAAAAAGCUCAUCUCAUGAGUGCUACUGGUGAUGUGUAUUAAGUAUCUUGUGUUUUGAUAAA